AUGGACGGGCGUAAGGUGUCGAUCGACAGUACAUUACCUACUGCUUUUAGUUCAGUGUUCGGCUGGAUCCUUAUCGGCCCGGUUCCCGAUCGCGCAAAUUGUUAUUAUCAGUCGUUGCCGGUGUCAAUGACCGCGUCGAUAGAGGGGAUAAUGGAGCGCUUUUGGCACGUCGAGGAGCCCGAGGACGCGCCCGUUACGUUUACCGAGGAGGGGUGCUGCGAACAGAUAUUCCGCGACGAAGCUACGCGUUUGACAUCAGGUCGCUUCGCGGUUCCGUUACCAUUUCGCGCGCCGGCAGAAACGUUCGUUGGGUCUCACGAGGUAGCUACACGGCGUUUUGACGCUAUCGAGCGUAAACUAUCCGCGAGUCCCGUAUUAAAAUCAUUAUACGUUAAUUUUAUGUCUGAAUAUAUCGCAUUAGGACACAUGUCAGUGGCGACUUCCCCGGGGCGAUAUAUAAUCCCCCACCAUGCUGUUUACCGUCCGGAAGUCGAUCCUCAUAAAAUUCGUGUAGUAUUCGACGCGUCCGCGCGGUGUUUUCGCGGACCGUCGUUAAAUGAGUGUUUGUGGCCAGGCCCAAAAUUACAACAGGAUAUUGUGGAUGUUCUAACUCGUUUUCGCGUUCACAAAUAUACGUUUACUACGGACAUCUGUAAGAUGUACCGUCAGAUUUUAGUUUUGCCGGAAUAUCGCAAAUUCCAACAUGUGUUGUGGCGCGCGUCGCCGCAUGACGAAUUACGUGAAUAUGAGUUGCACACCGUGACGUACGGUGUGAAUUGUGCCCCGUAUCUCGCCUUACGCGUUCUACAGGCCAUCGCGUCGACCGAUUGUGACGGUUUAGAUUCUGUACGUAACGCGCUCGAGUACCAAACGUAUGUCGAUGACAUUUGUGACGGCGCUGACACGAUUUCCGACGUCUUGAAACUUCAGUCGGAUUUGGUCUCUGUUUUAAGUAAGUCAGGUUUAGAGCUAAAGAAAUGGGCCUCGAACACGCCGGCCGUGUUGCAAGCUGUUCCGGCCGCCGAUCGCGCGUGCGCGCCAAUGCCGUUUGGUGAUGACGACGGAUACGGCACUAAGGUGUUGGGUCUGGCGUGGCAUCCCGACCAAGAUUAUUUUUGUUGCGCGUUAAGUCUCGAACCGUCGCCUGUCUUUACGAAGCGCGGUAUUUUAUCGCUUGUUGCUCGCAUUUUUGACCCGUUAGGUCUUUUCGGUCCCGUGGUGUUUCUCGCGAAAUCGAUCAUGCAGCGGACGUGGCGACACGGUGUCGCAUGGGAAGACCCGCUGCCGGACGAUAUUCACGCAGACUGGGCCGCAUUUGUCUCCGAGUUACCGUCGUUAUUAGGUGUCCGUGUACCGCGACAUAUUAAGGCCGGGCGCACAUUGAGACGCAGGCGACGCAGCGCAGUGUAG